CGCGCGAACAGUUGAAAGUUAGAGUGAAAGUGGACACCGACGGUCAGCCGUUAAUACCGUCAGUUACGUUUCUAUCUAGAGGUCUGCGUGGGUCUGACGUUAACGUUACCUGCUCCACACCAACAGAAAUAACGUUAAACCGUCUUCCAAAAGAGCUGUAGACACGGAGGGGGCGGAGUCUUCCUCAGCAGUGGGAGGAGAAGGAGGGGAGUGUAUGAGCCUGAGGAGCGGAGAGACGCUCAGGACUGUGGGGCUCUCCAGCUGAGCUGCCGGCCGAUCACAGCUGGACAGGCGAACGGGCUGGACAGACGGGCUGGACAGACGGGUUGGACAGAGACUGUGAGGGGAUCUUAAAGGCUGUUGUGUUGCCGGUAUCGCUGCCGGCUGAUCUACCAGACCUCCGUUUUGGAUAAAGAGCUCCCGUCGGCUGCACUGUGGCUGACCGGUGACCCCGAUCUGCAGCCAAACCCCCUUCUGGGGCACCGCUGAGCCAAGAGAGGUGAUCUGGCCGGGCCUGAUGUGGAAUUUGACCCAGACUGACCCUGUCCCACAAGUAGCCUUUCACUGAGCCUGGACUCAGUGGAAAGGAAGGAUAAUAGAGCAAGAGGAGCGACGGAGAAGAAAGGAGGAAGAAAAGGAGAGAAGUGAGAGCAGCAGCACAGCGACUGCUCCUCCAGUAUGCCGGUGGAGACCCUGCGGCCGUCAGACGGCCGUCUGGCCGGGGUUCCCUUCACCUCUGCCAUGCCCUUCAGGAUACUUCACAAGGGUCCGGACUACUUCCGUCGCCAGGCUGAGCCCGGGGCCCGUAAACUGAGUGCUGUAGAACGCCUGGAGGCCGACAAGGCCAAGUAUGUGAAGAGCCAGCAGGUAGCUCUCACCCGCCAGGCCCCCAUCAAAGCACCAAUCAUCCGCAAGCCCCUUGUUCCUUCGGGGAUGAUGCUCCAGUACCAGAUCAGCACUCCUCCCGCACGCAAAGUCCCCCGCUGCCCGGCUGACGUGGAGAACCGAGGAGGGAGAGAUGGACCAGGAGGAAGGAGAGGACCUGCUCUUAACUUGGAUAUUCUGAAUAAUCUUAUCAAUGAUGUAUGUGAUGGACCAAUGCCUUGUUCCCAGUCCUCUUCCUCCACCUCCCCCUCCUCAUCAUCUCCUUCAUCGGGAGCUAAGAGCAUCGGCAGUAGCCUGUCAGCAGAACAAGAGAGGAGCAACCGACUCCUCAACAACCUCAAACCUUUGAAUCACGGCACCAUAAACUCCUCAUCCACCUCCUCCUGCACUUCGUCUCCACUCAACAACAACCUCCGGGCCCCUGCAGCAGAACCCGCCCGCCGUCCACCCCCUGUUCCAGCACGGGUACCCCGCAUUGGGGUUCCAGCGCCCUACAGCUCCCCGAACUCAGUGACGGUGCGCAGGGUGGACGUUCGGCCUCAGGCUGAGAUAAGGAAGCCUCAGAGGACCCUGCUGCAGCCCCAGCUCAGGCCCAGACAGACUGCCCAGGGCCAAGUCGCACACCCCCAAGUCCCACCUCCACCACCUCCCACGACCUCUCAGAACCAACCCCAGCCCAUCACCCCCUCCCAAACCCUGCCCUCCACCCCGGUCUACCUGCCGCCUAGUCCUAUGAUGAUCCGAGCUUGCAUGAUCCCGCCAGCCUCCCCCGCUUUCACCCGUAUAUCAAACACCAGCUCCAAGGGGUCUGCCCGUAAGCACCCAGCCUUGCACCGCUCCAAGUCGGACCUGAGCGACCGCUACUCCCGCGCCACAGCCGACCUGGAGCGCUUCUUCAACUACUGUGGGCUGGACCCGGGGGAGGUGGAGGGCAUGGGCGGAGUGGAACGCUUCACAAGAGCCAACUCAGACAUCGUGUCCGUCUCCAAGCUCCGCAGCGUCAGCACGCCCAGCUCGGACUGCGGGGACGAGGCUCUCUGGGCGAGGGAGAACGGGGAGGACGACGAGGACGGACCCGCCAGAGCCAACGAGCGGGUCCCCUACGGCAUCUCCGUCAUCGAGAGGAACGCUCGAGUCAUCAAGUGGCUGUACGGCAUCCGUCAGGCGCGAGACGUUAACAGCGCCGUGUCUAACGUAUAGACUAACGAGGACUUUUUGUACGUAUACACCCGUGUGAAGGAGGGAAAGCCCAUCUUCUGCUGCCUUACAUCACAUUUAAGGAUAAUCCAGUAGUUGUUUCUUUCUGUGAAGACUCAGACUUGUUUUGGAAAUUACACAUCAGUGUUGGUGAUCAGGACUGAAUGGACGUUUCCCUUCUCCUUUACUUGAUCUUGUUUAACAAUAUUGUUAUAUGAAAGCAAUAAUAGACUGGUGUAAAUGAUGAUGACGAGGAUGAAGGCAGAGGAUGUUUGCGAUUGUGGUUCCUCAUGUAAAAGGUACUUGUGUGUGCGCAUGUGUGUGUGUGUGUGUGUGUGUGUGUGUGUGUGGACCUGCUGGAGACUCAGACCCAGAGCCGUGUCUGUGGAGCGAGCCAGGAAAAGAACCACGUUGAUACUGUGAAACUUCACAAAACGCUUCCAUAAACACAUUUUUAUCUUCAAAAAAAACCUGUUUGGCUGUAAGACUGUUAUUAUUACAAAUUUCUGUCAGCAUGCGAGUGAAACGUUUGUACACAUUAAUUUUCGGGGUUUGGCAUGUCGACGAAGCACACAGAUAAUCACUUCACAGCACAGACGUACAUUCAGGUCAGUUAGUGCAGUCUGUAUAUGUGACUGUAACGUUGUCUAGGGUGAGCGUUUGCAUCCGAAACAUAAUCUCAUGUCUCGGAUUAUGCUGCACUGUUGCAACGAGAGAAAUCUGUUUACGAUGUAUGUCUUGGCACGCAUGAGAGAGCAAGUCACAUGAUGAGGGUUGAUCUCAUGGCGGAUGGUUGAAGUAAGUGUAGCAUGAAAAAAGUUAUUUAGCCUCCAGUAAGAAUGGAGAGAGAAUCAAAGGAUGGUUAAAAGGCAGACUGACGACAGUUUACUCAAGGAUAGGGAGAAAAAAAAUAUAUUGAUGGCGGUUCUGAAAGUGUCUCAGGAAGAUGUACUCGGCAUAUUAACGAAAAUGGACCAAUAUUUAUUUGGAUUUUUAAUGUAUUUUUUAAUAUUGGGACAAUUUUUGUGUACAGAAUUCAAUCUUUGCUCUUAAGUGCAAUCUGAUCAUAUCUACUACAGUUCCAGUACAUUUAGAAUCCCAUUUAAACACACAUGAAAAUACAGGCAGCAGCCACAUGCUGAGUGUGAAUGGUAGUGCUCCGCUGCUCUGUGGGGAGCACUAAACAAAGUGAGACUGUUGUGUAUUUAUUAGACUUCCUGAGAGGAGGUCUGUCUCCCCUGCACAAGUUCUCCACCCUCUGCAUCUACUUCCAUUUAACUUUUCAGGAUAUUCAGUACGAGCACCGGCCAGGUUUUCCUCUUCAUCAUCACAAGUAGAUGAAGGGCAGCGUACAUACACAGCGGAGGUCGGAUCAGAGGGCUGGAGAACACGACGGCAGCGACGGUGAAACAAAGUGUGCUGAUGAAUCCGGCACUGGAUGCCCAAAGAGUCUUCAAGUGAGAGAUCCAAAAUGCUUUACCAUGGUGUAUUCUAAACGAUUAAUAAAAAAAAAUGUUAAAGUA